AAUUACGAAGGGCGAGGAUGAUGACCUUUCUCCUAAACAACGAUUUCUCUCAAGGAAAAGAAGUCCAUUCAAUUACAGAAUGACAAUCACCUUUCAUUGAAAUUCAUUCUACCUAGUCGGAUGGAUGUUUAGCACCGGUCAAGUUUCCAGCACUAUCUUCGCCCAUGUUUUCCAUUCUUUGUGCCGAAAGACGAACCUCAUUCUCGGCCCGGAUCGAAUCCUCGCCAAAGGUUCCAUAUAUAUAACACGGUUGGACUUUGUUCACCUAAACCCUCUGCGUAUAACCUCCCCAAUCCUUCAUACCUUCCAAAACUUUACAUUUGCAUCGAUCGAUUCUGCCAUGCGCCACCGUACUAUGCUAUGCGGCUAUAUUCCAGAAGAGCAGUGGUUGCUCGACAUAGCAAAAGAGCAGAAGCUCGGAGAAUUCUCUGACGAUCCUGAGGACGACUGGCGCCGAGCGGAGGCGAUGAAGAACGCGUUGAAACAUGUCAUCUACCAAGCCGGGCUGGGUGCAUCUGGCAGGUUUGGCUACGUGAACUACAAACACGAAGAGCGCAUGAUCAUCGCUGUGGCCACUAGUGACGAACGCGUCAGGUGGCCGCGUCCUACGUGGGUGGUGUUAAACGGUUGCAACAGAUUCUGGGCGUAAUGAAGAGGCCGCAAUGGUACAGGGAGUGUGAUUGACGUCUUCAUUUGUAUGAUGAGCCGUGUCAGUUCACCUGUAACACGAUUCAUCACGAAUAAGAUAUUUGGAUAGAUACCCACCUCUUGCAGAUCUGUGUUACUUUCAAGUGAACUCUAGGAGGGUUUCUGCGUCCUUUAGCAACGAAAGCGGUAGAGAUCCCAAAGGGUUCAAUCUCGUCUGCCAUACAUUCUAUGAGGAUAUAGUGCUAUGAA